AUGGUUGCAGGCAGGAAUGAUGAUGCCAUUGUUAAGGCACUGAGGAUGUUGGCUGAAUCCAUGGGUCAGAUCCCUCAAGCGAAUGCUGGUAACCGAAAUGGAGAUGAUGAUGAGUUCCGUGCUUUGGGGAGAUUCCAACGGAACAAUCCUCCUGUCUUUGAGGAGUUGGUUAACAAGAGUCGGAUUUGUGAUGAGGAUAGUAGGGAAAAUGCUUCUUUCAACAAGAGUUUAAAAGGGAAAGACCAGGAUCGUGGGAAACCCUAUGAUGACAAGAGGAAAAAAUCUGGUUUUGGAAAGAAGCCAAGUGGGGGAGGAUCUUCUACUCCACUUACGUGUUUCAACUGUGGUGUUGAAGGUCAUCGUGUUGUUGAUUGUAGUAAGGAUCCUUUGACGUGUUUCAAGUGUGGCAAGAGUGGUCACAAAGCAAACCAUUGUGGAGUUGGUUCGAGCGUGACUUGUUACAAUUGUGGGGAGAAAGUUCACAUUAGUACCAAAUGUGAUAAGCCAAAGAAGUAG